UCAACCAUAUUCCCCCUCAGCCUGAAGUUUAGUUUGUUCUAUCAUUUUUCAGACAAAGCCGAGGAUAUUGUUGAAGAUAACAGCCCAAUAGAGCAGGUCAGAUUGACAGUACCCACAACAGAUGAUCCCACCCUACCAGCAUUAACAUUCAGGACAUGGGUUUUAGGGCUGACGUCAUGUGCACUCCUUGCAUUCCUGAACCAGUUCUUUGGCUACAGACAGAAUCCUCUCUACAUCUCUUCUGUAUCAGCUCAGAUUGCAGUUCUUCCAUUAGGGAAAUUAAUGGCUGCUUAUCUCCCCACAAAGAAAAUCAGACUCCCUUUGCUUGGUUGGUACUUCACCCUAAACCCCGGGCCUUUCAACCUAAAGGAACAUGUUCUCAUCACUAUCUUUGCAAAUUCUGGAUCCAAUUCUGUUUAUGCUGUGAAUAUUGUAACCAUUGUCAAGGCUUUCUACCACAGAAAGCUUCAUCCUUUUGGAGCUAUGCUUUUGACUCAAACAACACAGAUGAUGGGGUAUGGCUGGGCUGGCAUCUUCAGAAAAUUUUUGGUGGAUUCACCUCAUAUGUGGUGGCCAUCAAAUUUGGUUCAGGUGUCCUUAUUCAGGGCACUGCAUGAAGAUGAGAAGAGACCCAGGCGAGGGCUGACCAGACUACAGUUCUUCCUCACAGUCUUCAUCACAAGCUUUUCAUACUACAUUGUCCCCAACUUUUUCUUCCCUUCCAUUACAGCCCUAUCCUUCAUCUGUUGGAUCUGGAAGAACUCUGUCACAAUGCAGCAAGUCGGCUCGGGCCUCUAUGGGCUUGGAGUUGGUUCCUUUGCCAUCGAUUGGUCCACCAUCGCUGGCUUCCUUGGCAGCCCUUUAGCCACCCCAGGCUUCGCCAUCAUCAACGUCUUGUUUGGUUUUUGUGUUGUGCUUUAUGUCAUCAUACCCAUAGCUUACUGGAACAAUGCUUACAAUGCAAAGAACUUUCCAAUAUUUUCUUCCAAUGUGUUCAUGAGCAAUGGAACCCAAUACAAUGUGCAAACGAUCUUGGAUGUAAAAACAUUCAGUUUUGAUCAGCAGAAGUAUGAUGAAUCUGGACCUCUCAAUCUCAGCAUUUUCUUUGUUAUCACUUAUGGACUUAGCUUUGCUACUCUGGCCGCCACACUUUCUCAUGUUGCCCUGUUUCAUGGAAAAGAAAUAUGGAGUCAGACAAAGGCAGCAAUGCAAGAUAAGUUUGGAGAUGUGCAUACGCGGCUGAUGAAGAAAAACUAUGACGUUGUGCCUCAAUGGUGGUUCUACACCAUUCUGUUCAUGAUGAUUGGCCUCGCCAUCUUUGCCUGCGAAGGAUUUGGCAAGCAGCUGCAGCUUCCUUACUGGGGAGUUCUGCUUGCUGCUGGCCUAGCUCUUAUAUUUACCCUUCCAAUUGGAGUCAUCACAGCCACAACAAAUCAA